AUGAAAAUGGAAAAUCUAUCUGGUGUGAAAGUAUUCAGUCUAUCUGUAUUGAAUGAAACCUGGCAAAUUCGUUAUUUAUUAUUUUCUCUGACUUUCCUUCUAUAUAUUUUAAUCUUGUUGACAAAUCUGAUACUAAUUGUCACCAUCACACUGGAGAAAGCCCUCCAUGAGCCUAUGUACAUCUUCCUGUGUAAUCUGUGUAUUAAUGCACUGUAUGGAACUGCAGGAUUCUACCCUAGAUUCCUGUAUGAAAUUCUCUCUGGCUCUCAUGUGAUCUCAUACCAAGGAUGCUAUCUGCAGAUAUUUGUGAUCUACUCAUCUGUAAUGUGUGAGUUUCUGACUCUUACUGGAAUGGCUUAUGACCGGUAUGUGGCCAUAUGCAAACCCUUAAUGUAUCAUUCUAUUAUAUCGAGUCAGAUCAUAUGUAAAUUGAUCAUCUUUUGUUGGACUUUUCCCUUUUUUACAAUGUCCGUAACAAUAGCACUGUCAAUAAGACUUACAUUAUGUGGGUCUCAUAUUGAUAAACUUUACUGUGAAAACUGGUCCAUUGUGAAACUUUCAUGUGAAGCAACAGUUGUGAAUAAUAUAAUGGGGUUUGUUUUUAUAAUAAUAUAUGUAGGAUUUGGAAUUUUAACAAUGCUGUCAUAUAUGAAAUUGAUUUCUGUGUGCACAAAAAGUAGAGAACACAGAAUUAAAUUCAUGCAGACUUGUGUGCCACAUUUAUUUGCGUUAAUAAAUUUCACAGUCACAUUGGUUUUUGACACAAUGUAUAGUCGUUUUGGAACAAGCUAUAUCCCAAAGCGUCUGCGCAAUCUUUUGGCGCUGCAAUUUCUCAUCAUCCCUCCUCUUUUCAACCCAAUUAUUUAUGGACUAAAACUGACUGAAAUUCGCAAAAGGCUGCUGAAGCAGUGUCAUAGAGUGAAGUAG